GGAACGCAGCGCGUCCGGGGGGCGGAGCGACGGUGAGGUCACAUGGUGUGCGAGAGGGAGGAGCGGCGGCGGCGAGGUCACGUGGUGAGAGGAGAGAGCGGAGGGGCCGCAGAGCUGUAACUUGUAAAUACUGUUAUUUGUAUAUACUGUAAAUGAUGACCUCGGUGACGGCAAACCGCGCCCGGGGCAACUGGGAACAGACGCAGACACAAAAUCAGACACAGCACAAGCAGCGGCCACAGGCAACUGCUGAGCAGAUCAGACUGGCACAGAUGAUCUCCGAUCAGAAUGACGCCGACUUCGAAGAGAAAGUUAAGCAGCUGAUUGACAUCACAGGAAAGAAUCAGGACGAGUGUGUGAUAGCGUUACACGACUGUAACGGGGACGUCAACCGAGCCAUCAAUGUCUUGUUAGAAGGGAACCCAGACACCCACUCAUGGGAGAUGGUGGGUAAGAAGAAAGGGGUUUCUGGACAGAAGGAGGCCGGACAAGCGGAGCCCAGCGAGGACACCCGGGAGAACAGAGAUAGAGACUUUAGCCGCAGGCGAGGUGGAGCCACUCGGAGGGUCCGAGGGGGCAGCCGCGGGAGAGAGUUUCGGGCGCAGGAAAACGGUUUGGAAGGAUGUAAGAGUGGUGGCUCUUCCGGCAGAGGCACAGAGAGGGGGCGCAGAGGGCGUGGGAGAGGCAGAGGGGGCUCAGGAAGAAGAGGUGGACGUUUCUCAGCACAGGGUAUGGGGACCUUUAACCCCGCAGACUACGCUGAACCUUCCAGCGGUGAAGACCAUUACGGCAACAGCAGCACAUGGAACAACGCUGCUAGCUUCGAGCCUGAUGAUGGAACAAGACUUGAUUACAUUGGGGGUGAGGGGUCAAAUUAUCCCCGAAAAUAUUCCACUGCUCCUGGUAUGAAACAUCCAGGUGCCUGGAGGACGGCCACAGAAGAGUGGGGGACGGAGGACUGGAAUGAGGAUCUUUCUGAAACCAAGAUCUUCACAGCUUCCAGCGUGUCAUCCGUGCCCGUCGUCUCUGAGAGUGUGACGAUCACUGCGGGGCAAAGGAUUGACCUGGCGGUCUUAUUGGGAAAGAGUCCUUCAACCCUAGAGAGUGACUCCACCAACCAGGACUCCUCGCAGAACCCCACCUUGUCCCAACCACUGGUCUUCAGCAACUCCAAACAGGGCACCCUCUCCCAGACUGGUCAUGGCACUUCCUUCUCCCACCACAGCGUGGUCGGCAUGUUGAGUAAGGGGUUUGGUGACGGGGAGCCUAAGGGCGGCAGCACCACCGGAUCGCAAUUCCUGGAGCAGUUUAAGACGGCGCAGGCACUGGCCCAUCUUGCCGUUCAGCAUUCGCAGUCUGACUCCUCCAGUAGCACCACGUGGGACAUGGGCUCCACUUCGCAGCCGCCUUCCCUGGGGCAGUUUGAGCUGAAGAGCCCGUCCGACCCAUUCGCCAAGCACCAGAGUUUUCCUCAGACGUCCACCAUGAUAGAUGUGUACCUACAGGAGAAAGCGCCUGUGGCAAGUGCGCCGUCUGCUGUGCCCGUUUGCCCAUCCCCACCCUCGUCUGGCAAAGCCAGCCAUCCCACCCAGAUGUCACCCGUGUCGUCCGAGAAUCAGUCGGGAAGUCCUCAGCCGGCUCAUCAGAAGAUGAAGGCUCAGAAGAAGAAGGCAUCGCUCACAUCCAAGAUUCCAGCGCUGGCCGUGGAGAUGCCAGGGACGGCUGACAUCGCUGGGCUGAAUCUGCAGUUUGGGGCCUUGCAGUUUGGCUCUGAGCCGGUCCUCCAGGAGUAUGAACCCUCUCCAACAACGAAUGCAGCUGUGAGCCAGUCUCAGAACAGCCUGUACACCAGCCCGGCCAGCGACAUGUCCAGUAACUCGGUCAGCAGCCAGAGCCCGGAGGCUGCGUAUCCAGGAAGCGGCAUCCCGGCGGCAACCUUUACCUCACAGGUCAACUCUCAGGGCCCCAUGUAUGAGCAGAGGUCCACUCAGACCCGGCGCUACCCUCUCUCUUCCUCCACCUCGUCUCCACAGAAGGAUCUCAGCCAGCCCAAGAACAGCUUCAACUCCACACAAACUUCCACAAUGCAGGCUCCUGUAUCAGGAGAAGCGCCCACGAUAAAAGCAGAUUCGGCUUCUGUGGCCAGCAUCGCCUCCCUCAGCGACCCCGUGUCUGCGUCCUCUUUACUGGCCACCGCUGGACCGCAUUCCUCGCAGCUGAGUGGCAUGAGCCACGUCGAGGAGAUGCCAAACCCGGCCGUCUCCAUUCAGCUCAGCAGUACGUUACCCUCCCAACACCAGGCGCCUGUAUCGUCCACCAUGAGGACCUCUGCAUCUACCCCCAUGCACACCAGCGUGGAGAGUGACCCCAGCUUACACUCAUCGGUCCCCACUUUCUCUAUGGCCUCCAGCGCUAUCCCCAGUGCUCCGCCUCCCUCUGCUAACCUCAACGUUGGAAGCCUCGGGCUCGGCCUGAGCACCAGUUCCACACUCGCCCCUUCCACGCGAAACUCCAUUGCUACCACGUCAGGUAAAGCCCCUCCAAACUUACCCCCAGGUGUUGCCCCGCUGUUACCGAACCCAUACAUCAUGGCUCCUGGUCUGUUACACGCCUAUCCCCCGCAGGUCUAUGGCUAUGACGACUUACAGAUGUUACAGACAAGGUUCCCCUUGGAUUAUUAUAGCAUCCCGUUCCCCACGCCCAGCACUCAGCUCACCGGGAGAGACGCCAGCUUGUCCAGUAACCCUUACUCUGGUGACCUCAGCAAGUUCGGCCGCGCCGAUGCCUCCUCCCCGGCUCCGGCCACCACAUUGCCGCAGCCCCAGCAGAGCCAGAACCAAGGUCACCACACCACGCAGCAAACAUUCCUUAACCCGGCUCUGCCUCCCGGAUACAGCUACACCAGUCUUCCCUACUACCCCGGGGUACCGGGCCUGCCCAGCACUUUCCAGUAUGGGCCUGCCGUGUUCCCAGUGGCGCCUACUGCUUCAAAGCAGCACGGGGUGAAUGUUGGUGUCAAUACGUCGGCUGGAGCAUUCCAGCAAGCGCCAAGCUAUGGCUCCCACGCUUACAGCACUGGCUUUGAGGACUUGGGCCAGGUUUCCGGCGUGGGGGAUUUCUGUAAGGGUGCAUAUAGUGGGGCUUCUCCUGCUCAAAUCAAACCUGCUGCUGCUUGCACCAAUGGACCAGGCGCUGGUGUGUCCGUCACCUCCAGUAACACCGGCGUUCCUGAUAUCUCGGGCUCCGUCUAUUCUAAGACGCAGCAAUCGUUCGAGAAGCAGGGUUUCCACACUGGUACCCCGGCCACGUCCUUCAGCUUGCCCUCGGCGCUGGCAAGUGGGGGCCCAAUCAACCCAGCCACAGCAGCCGUUUAUCCCCCGGCUCCAUUCAUGCACAUCCUGGCGCCACAUCAGCAGCCCCACUCCCAGAUUCUUCACCACCACCACCUCCAGCAGGAUGCACAGCUGCCCUAUUUGCAGAUUUUGUGUUACCAGCUGCUGCACGAUGAACAGACUGGCUCCGGGCAGCGAACCCAAGGCGCCUCCAUGCCGCAAAAGUCUCUGGCCAGCAAGUCCGCCUACAACAGCUAUAGCUGGGGAACCAACUAGCGGCAGACGUCCCCCAAACCAAGAACAUUGCAAAACUGAACUGAUCGGCACAAAAGCAUCAACAAACAUCCCCUCUCUCCGCCCACCUGUGCUGACCCCGCCCCCCCUUCCUUUCUGUAAUAUAGAAUUUGUAUCUUCCCAUUUUCUGCAUUCGAAUUAUGAAACCCCCGGUCUUAUUAUUAUUAUUAUUAUAAUGUUUUGUUAUAUUAUUCUCCCUCACUCCCCCCUCCCCCCCCUUUAUUUUAACCUCUUUUUGCAGAGGUCAGAGAGGGGAUGGGUGCACAUCACCUCUGUAUACAUUAGGAAGGAUUGCUAUGACUUCUGCAUUGUACGAAUCAUUAGUUGAUGUGUUUUUUUGUACUGUGUUCUAAAUUUAAUGGAUGUGUCUUGUAUAUAUAAAAGGAAAACACAGCUA